CGUCAUGCUCAUCAGAAUCCAUCCAUAAAAACGUCGCAUCUCUCUCUUUUGUCCGCUUGCGCUUCUCUAUCUUCAUACAAUCACUCGCUCUUCACCGCCGACGACGCCAAGUUCCCAAUCCUUUUAGGGUUUCCGAAACCUCACCUUGAUCUUCAUCGAUGGCGUGCGCCGUCACCGACUCCGAUCUCACGCUCCCCAUUCUCCUCCUCAAGUCCUUCUCACUGAUCCGGACCUUUCACUGCAUCGUAGCCCUCUCGGUCUUCGCCCUAAUUUUCCUCUACAGGUUCCUCGAGUUUCAUUUCCUUCGGGACGCCGCUCGAGGGUUUAGGGGAGAUCGAGUGGCGCUCACAUUCGAUCCGAGGUCCGAAAUCUACGAGGGCGUCGUCUCCAAGUGUCGGGUUCUUCACGGGAGGUAUUUGGUGACGCCGUGGCUUGCGAGCCCUCAUUUACAGACGGGGUUCUUGCAUUUUUUCGGGAGGGCUGCGCCCUUUUGUUAUAGAAGGCAAUUAUACACUGUUCAGGACGGGGGAACUAUUGCUUUGGAUUGGUUGCUCGCUUCUGAUGUCACAGGUGCUUCUUAUGACACUGGCAGGGUCAUUUCUAAAGAUGAUUCAACUCCCCUUGUGAUUGUGAUUCCUGGACUUACCAGUGAUUCCGCUUCUCCAUACGUAAGGCAUUUUGUUUACAGUAUGGCAAAGCAAGGUUGGAAUGUUGUUGUUGGCAACCAUCGGGGUCUGGGUGGUAUCUCAAUUACUUCUGAUUGCUUUUAUAACGCCGGAUGGACGAAUGAUGUGCGUGAAGUUAUUAACUGUCUUCAUCAAGAGUACCCCAAGGCUCCUCUCUUUGCCAUUGGGACAAGCAUCGGAGCAAAUAUUUUGGUUAAAUACCUAGGAGAAGAUGGGGAGAACACUCCUCUUGCUGGGGCAGCAUCUAUUUGUUCUCCAUGGGAUCUUGUGGUCUGUGACAGGUUUAUUAAUCGCAAGCUUGUCCAGCGGUUGUAUGACAGAGCUCUUGCUCUUGGGCUUAAAGGUUAUGCUCAACUACAUCAGGCUGUUUUGACGAGGCUUGCAAACUGGGAUGGGAUCAGAAGUUCACGUACUGUUAGGGAUUUUGAUAACCAUGCCACUUGUAUUGUUGGAAAGUUUGAGACAGUGGAUACAUACUAUCGCCACUGCAGUUCUGUUAGUUUUGUCAAGGGUGUAUCUGUUCCUCUGCUCUGCAUCAGUGCUUUGGAUGAUCCAGUUUGUACGAGUGAGGCUAUUCCUUGGGACGAGUGCAGGGCUAACAAGAACAUUGUUUUGGCAACCUUACCUCAUGGAGGCCAUCUCGCAUUUUUCAAAGGGCUUACUGCACACAGCUUAUGGUGGGUUGGAGCCGUCAGCGAGUUUCUUUCUGUUUUACACUCUAGCCCAUACAUGCAUGAACAACAACAGAUAGAGAGUACUGGGGUUCAUUCUCCUCUUGAGUCUUCAAUCGAUAAGUCCCCCUACGUAAACAUCAUGGAAGAUGGACUGGUUACUGCAUUGACUAAUGAUGAACCAAACAAUAACGAAGCAACAGCUUUACUCGAUGCUCGAACAACUCAUGAACAAAAAUCUGAUAUCAAUAGCACCACGGAAGAGGUGAAAGGAGAGAGAACCGAAAGGAGAACAAAUCCAGUUCAUGAAACUGUGCCCACUUGUGCACAAAGUGCACAUGAAGACACAAUUUCUGAAGUUUUUCAUAAUAUGACAGUUCAAGUGAAGAGAUCGAUGAAUCAGCUCACAAGGCAGAGUGGGAGAUCAAUCUGGUUGCUUGCUUAUAUUGCUAUAGUAACAACCUGGCCCCUUCUUGGUUCUUUCUUUCCUGCUGUCUUCAGAAAGAAGUUGAAGGUCUAGUUCCCCAAGUGGGUUGCUGGUAUAUUAUGUAAGCUAAUGUAUAACUCUGUUUAUGUUCAUGUAUUUCUGCCAUUCUGCAGCGUAUCCAUAAAUACAUAAAGAAAUAAAUUCACAAAUACUAAAAUAAUACAAAAGUCAGAAUCUUGCAUAAA